AAUACAGUAUAACCCUACCCAUCUUCUCUGCCGCCCACAUCCAUCGCGUCCCUCUGAUUCUCCGCUUCUCCUCCCUCGGCGUCUCCGCCUCUCACUCGGCGUCUCCGACUCUCUGCCUCGUCGGACUCAUCUUCUCUCUAUAUCUCGCAGCCUCUCCGGUUACGGUAGUCCACCAAGGCGCUUUCGGCUCUCUGCAGUCAGCGCUUUCAAGUUCGAAGCUCCUCUCUCAUCACACCUCUGUGGCAAUCCAUCGAACAGGUGGUGUGUUUGAACCGAUUUAUUGUAAAUUUUGAAGUCUAUUUCUACUUUUCUAGUUCUGCCAGCUUGGUUGGAGUUUAUAGAAAUGGCAGCAAGAAUUAUUGCACAAUUGAUUGUGAUGGGCUCUGGGAUGAUGGUGAGGGCAGUUGCUCAAGCAUAUCGCCAGGCACUGGCAAAUGCUUCAAAAACUGGUGCUGCUCAAGAAGUUGCUCAGAAUAUCAGAAGAGCGGGCAAAACUAUGACAGAAACUGAGGCCAGGCAAAUUCUUGGUGUUGCAGAGAAAUCCACAUGGGAAGAGGUCUUGCAGAAGUACGACAACCUGUUUGAGCAAAAUGCAAAGAACGGGAGCUUCUAUCUUCAAUCGAAAGUCCAUCGAGCAAAAGAAUGUCUAGAAUCAGUUUACCAAAGUAAAACAGAGGGAGCAAAUUAAGAGUUGUUCUCAUACGUAGAUCUUAUGGUGGUGUUCUCAGAUAUGGCUUUUUGUUUCCCCUAUAUCAUCAUUCACAUUAUUUCUGGGUAUUUCUUUACCCAUGCAAAUUGCCCAUUGUAGAAACAAUAACCAAAACGGUUUAUUGUGGCCAGAGAUGUCAGCUUGUUAAAAUCACAUACUCUAGUUGUAGAAUUACACAGAUAUAACACGAGAUUCGGGCCCUGUUUGGGAGAGUAUUUUUGAAGUUUGUCAAAUACGUAGUAUAAGAUAAUAUUAAGACAAUGUUUGGUUCAAGGAUGUUUUGGCAAAUUAUACCAUUGAUUGGUGUCUAGACCCUGAACUUAAAAUAACAUUAAUAUUCUGUA